AUGAAGUGCGCCAGUUUUCUGGCCACUGUGUUGCUCAGCGGUGCUGCGCGGGCAGCCCAUGCCCCUAAGCCUAACUUCGUCUUCAUCAUAACUGAUGACCAGGAUCAGCGGCUGGGCUCCGUCGACUACAUGGAUUCUGUACAGAAACACCUAAAAAAAGAAGGGGCCACCCUUUCCAGGCAUUUCUGUACCGUCUCUCUCUGUUGCCCAUCGCGGAUUUCCCUUCUCACCGGCAAAGCUGCACAUAAUACAAACGUGACUGACGUUAAACCGCCAUGGGGCGGCUACCCGAAGUUCAUCUCGCAAGGGCUGAACGACGACUAUCUCCCAGUCUGGCUUCAGGACGCGGGCUACAACACGUACUACACUGGAAAGUUGAUGAAUAACCUUGGAAUCAGAACCUAUCAAAGCCCACCCCCUCGUGGAUGGAACCGAUCUGACUUUUUGCUCGACCCGAACACUUAUGUGUACAACAACGCUUAUUUCACCCUCGACAACCAGAAAUGGCAAGCUUUCCCCGGAAAGUAUUCCACCGAUCUUAUUGCCAAAAGAGCAUUGGAAUUCCUCAAGGAAGGCAUUGAUACCCAUGAGCCAUUUUUUCUCGGAAUCGCACCGAUCGCGCCUCACUCCGAGUUGACUGAUACCUUCAGAGAACCUGUACCGGCCAGACGCCACCAGAGUCUUUUCCCGGAUGCGAAGGUACCAAGAAACAAAAACUUCAACCCCGCACAGCCCGGAACUGCAAGUUACUUCAAGGAUCUUCCCAGACUUAACGAUUCGCAAGUUCAAUACCUCGAUAACUUCCAGAGAAGGCGUCUGCAAUCUCUACAGGCUGUGGACGACCUGAUCGGCGACAUCUUUAAUGCCCUCCAGGAUCAUCCUCAGGUUCUGGCCAACACCUACAUAAUCUACACCGCUGAUAACGGUUUCCACCUUGGACAGCAUAGACUGCCCGCCGGGAAAACAUGCAGUAUUGAAGAAGAUGUCAACGUCCCAUUUAUCAUUCGUGGCCCCGGAAUCGCAAAAAACAAUGUAUUGAACUUCCCCUCUUCGCACACUGACCUUGCGCCGACUUUCCUCAAACUGGCCGGCAUGCCUCUGCGAGACGAGUUUGACGGUUUGCCCAUUCCUGUCAGAUCUGCAGACCAAACUGCUGAUGCAAUAAAAACCGAGCAUGCUACUUUGACCAGAAUACGUACAAGACCCUGCGGAUUGUUUCUAAAAAUCAUGAGUUUAUGUACACUGUGUGGUGUAAUGGCGACCAUGAGUUGUACAACAUGCAGACAGACCCUUACCAGACAUUCAACUUGUACGGCAAGCAACCCCAGGGCAGUCCUCACAACAUCACGCAGCUCACCAAACGCCUUGAUACCUUGGUCUUGA